GACGUCAUCAUUAGAGGACGGUUGGAACAGACAAUCGGUGUUGCCGGGGAAACUGUCCCAACCAUGAGUGCGUUAGAUUACUUCACCCCGGCUCGCGAAGAGGAGCACCGCUGGAGUCACGAGGAGACGAGACGGUCAAAACCCAGCCACGCGCUGAAUGGUGACGAAGCUCGCCGCUUCUACCAGACACUGAUUGAAGAGAGGAAUGGAGGAGAGGAGAGGAGAGAAGGAGCGAGGCCAGGAGCAGGGGAGCAGCGGGGGGGCGACGGAGCCAGAGAGCGGAGGAGGAGGAGGAGAGAGGGGGAAAGACGAGAAAGCGAGAGGAGAGAAUUGAGAAUCCAAGCGUCCGCACCCACGGAGCUCCAGGGUCUCCAGCUGCUCCGGCACGCCCAGGAAGGCGACCUGUCCGGGCUGCGGGCGCUGCUAGACGGCGGCGUGGACGUUAACUUUCAGGAUUCCUUCUUCUGGACAGCCCUGAUGUGCGCCAGCGGGGCGGGGCAGCGCGCCGCGGUUAAGCUGCUCCUGCAGCGAGGGGCAGCGUGGGUGGGCGUGGUCGACACGCAGGGGCGGGACGCCAGGGAGCUGGCAGAGAGGGCGGGGCACGCGGGGGUGGUGGAGGAGUUGGAGACACACGGGAGACGGACGGAGGAGGAGGCGGAGGGAGGAGGAAAUAGCAGACAGGCCCAGUCCCAGUGGUGUGGUGUUUGUGGUUCCCAGUACAGCUGUCCCCCUGAAGCCCACCUGUCCUCCACCCUGCACCAGUUCAGCCUCCGCAGGCCCCCCCCGCGCCCCCACUACUGCCUGCCUCCCUCAAGCACCCCCUACAGGAUGAUGCUGCGGAGCGGCUGGACUCCGGGGGCGGGGCUAGGUCCCGAGGGGGGCGGGGCCACGCAGCCUGUUGGCACCGUGCUGAAGAGAGACCAGAAGGGUUUGGGGUUCGGACCCCCGAAACGCCCCCGCGUCACUCACUUCCUGUCCCAGGACACUCGGGCUGUCACACAGCCACCCAGGGAGGGGGAGAGGAGGAUGGGGGAGGGGGGGAGGAGGAAGGAGGAGAACCAGAGGAGAGAGGAGAGAGAGAGGACCUGGGAGAGAGACUUUCGGGCCUCGUUCUACCUCUGACAGACUUCCUCUGGGUGUCGCCCAUUGAAGGAACUUUUGAAAUCAGUUUUGUAUUAUUCUUGGAAAUGAACCCUUAGAUACCUGCAGGAUAUAUUCCUUUAGUGAGAUUACCUUUUAGUGGUCUGCUAAAGGAGCGUGUUUGGAAGACAGACGACAUGUUUGGGUUGGUGGAUGAACAAAGCCUGUAUUCUGAGGAUCUGACACACGUCGCCUGUUUUUUACUACCAGAUAAGUGAAUUAUAUUAACCCUUGAUCUUAAUUGUGGUAUGGCCAACAUUUCUCAUACUCAAAGUCCAAUGUCCAGGUGUGUGUGUAGCUGUGUGCAGUCCUGAUAAAGAUGGUGUUAUUGCCAUCUGUUGUAUAUAAGUUGUAUUAGCUCUUUAGUAUUAGACUUUUUACAUUUUAUUUAUACAUUCUAACGUUUCCAUAUUUUUUUUUAAAUUAAGAUCCAUAUAUGUUUAUUGUUUGCACUUUCCUGCCACAAUAAAUUCUGUCUUGGUGUUAACUUACAUGGCAAUAAAAAAACUUCAGAUUCUGAUAAAAA